GUGUGCUAUAGUCUUGAGGGGGUUAGGGUAUUAAAUUUGCUUUUGCAUAAAUCACCUUAAAGCGCGCGCGCUUUUCUGGUUCUAGUUGUGUUUUUUUUAUGAUAUGUAGGUUAACUCGCAAGUUCGUUGCCUAAGUCAUUCGUAUCAUGCAGUGACGAAGAACAGCAAAGAAGAAAAAAAGCAGAUCUUUCAAUUAGACAAUUUUUUGACGUAAUUCGCAAGUUUAGCAUUACAUACACAUGGCACUGGCCAAUUUCUCGCUGCCAUUUGGUGCCCUGGCUCAGCCCUGGGGCGUCACACUGGCGCCACUGCAUCCGAUCCAUCAGCUGGCGAGCAAUACAAAUAAUCUGCUCUACUCGCCGGCGGAUCAUCAGCAGCAGCAGCCGCAUCAGUCGUUGCCCGGUCAGGAUCAUUUCAAAAAUAAUCCCUAUGGCACGCCCACAUUGCAUCAUCAGCAACAGCAACAGCAACAGCAGCAGCAGGAGACGCCACAGCAGUCGGGUUAUCCGUAUAGGCGCAAACAGGGCACCGCUUACUUGCCACCCACUGGCGCCGCACGCAACUCUGUCUACCACAUACAGCAGCAGCAACAACAACAGCAGCAGCAGCAGCAGCAACAAACGGACACAAAUGAGAAUAGUGUCUCGUUUCAGAGCUCGAGCAGCGUUGCACAAAGUCAGAGCUCGUUGCAGCUAACACAAUCGGCUGGUCGUGGUCCCGCCGAGGGUUCCUACACGCGUUUUCCGGCUGGACAAUCGACCGGACAAAAGCAAUACUAUAAUGUCCAUGGGGCGGCCAGUGCCAGUGCCACAUUUAGCAAGAACAGCGGCAGUUUUAGUAUUACCGGUUUUGGCAGCAGGCAGCAGCAGCCGUCAGCACCCCAACCCCAGUCCCAACCACAACCACCACCCCCACCACAACAGCAACCACACCAACCACCACAUCCACCCAAGGGCCAGACUCAGAAUCAGGCUCAGGGUCAGGCUCAACGUGGCAGGAAGACGGAGACACCAGCCAGCACCUAUGGCGUUGCACCGUUGCCCGAUAAUUAUCCGGAACGUGCGCCUGGAUUUACGCGUGUCCAGGCCGGGCAGGGUUCCAGGACUCAGGUGCAUGCUGUCCUCGACUACGAUGUGGAGGAGGGCGAAGAGGAGGACGAGAAUGAUGAUGGCGAAUACUACGAUGCCGAGGGGCAAGAUAAAGACAAACCGAGCAAUAAAAGUCCGAUGCCCACUGUGACGCCCAUACAGGGUCCCAUCUAUCUGAAGAAUGGCAGUGUGCCCGUAGUGCCGUUGUUUUCCUAUCCAAAAUCAAAUAAUGGCUCAUUCUUGCAGAUUCCGAUCUGGUGGACAGCGCUCUCGGUGGCGCUCGGUCUGGAUGUCCGUGGUGAUGUGAUUAAGGGCGUGCCCUGCAUCAAGCGAUAUCAUCAGCUAUUCUGCCCAACGGCCGGCAAUAGUUAUCCCAUCGAAAAAAUCGAGCGUUUCAUUGACGAUAACAAGGCGCUGAUGCGUCGCAUGUACGGUGACUUUGAGAUGAACAUGGAGGGUGGUGGCGGAGGUGGUGCUGGACCUGGAGGAGGCGGUGGACAGGCAAAGGUGCGCAAGCGACGCUUUAUAGACGAGCCGGACAUAUUUAUACCGCCCGGCGCCUAUGCUGCAACGGCGGGCGAGGCGGGUGACAGUUAUUUCGGCGAGUUGCGCAAAAAGAGACAGGCGGCAGCGGGUGGAUCUAGUAAUCGGAACAGAGGCGCCUCGGGAGGUGGUGCAGGAGCUGGUGGCAGUAGUAGAGGCAACAAUUUGCCGGGCAACUCGCGAGCACAUGGCGAAUCGGGCACAGGGCGACUCGAUGCAUGCGAAUCGAAAAUCGAAAUUGUAACACCCUAUUGGGCCUCGAAUUCGGCGGGCAAAAUACGGGCCAUAGUGAAUACACAGCACUUUGAGCAGGCCAUACAUCAGGAGGUGUGCAGCAAUACACAGACAUCGCGCUGCGAGGGCGAAUGCGGCUGUGAGCAGAAAUACAAAUGGCAUCGAUUGCUGGCCUACGAUCCUGAUAACGAUUGCAAGGGCAUUUUUAUGGAUUGGUUCCUGUUUCCUUCAUGCUGUGUUUGCAGAUGCAAUCCCUAAGCAUAACUAGCAAAAAAAUAACAACAAAAAAAUGAUGUUUUGUAGAAUGCCACUGAAUGUAUUUUAGUUGUUCUUAAGUAGCCCUAACCAUUAAGUUACUCGUAGUAGUUACUCCCUCUAGUUAAGCGAAAAUCUUAAGUUAAACACCUUUUUUUACCAGCCAUAUCCCAUCUAAACGCACACAUACACACACACACAUAUCGUUAAUAAUCGUAUACUUCCAAAUUGUCAACCUUCAUUCUGUUGUUGUAUUGUAAAUGUAAUUGUAAAUGUCAAGCGAUUAAAGUGAAUAAAUUGAAUAAAAAUAUGCAAAA